AUGGCGUCCGGCAGGCGCGCCCCGCGCACCGGGCUGCUGGACCUGCGCACCGGGGCGGGCUCGGGCGCCGGCGGCGAGCGCUGGCAGAGGGUGCUGCUCAGCCUGGCGGAGGACUCGCUGACCGUGAGCCCCGCCGACGGCGGCGAGCCCGGCGCCCCGCGGGAGGCGCAGCCCGCGCAGCUCAACGGCGCCGCGGAGCCCGGCGCGGCCGCCCCGCAGCUUCCCGAGGCGCUGCUGCUCCAGCGGCGCCGGGUGACCGUGCGCAAGGCCGACGCCGGCGGGCUGGGCAUCAGCAUCAAAGGGGGCCGGGAGAACAAGAUGCCUAUUCUCAUUUCCAAGAUCUUCAAAGGCUUGGCAGCUGACCAGACAGAGGCCCUCUUUGUUGGGGAUGCCAUCCUGUCCGUGAACGGGGAAGACCUCUCCUCGGCCACGCAUGAUGAGGCGGUGCAGGUUCUGAAGAAGACCGGCAAAGAGGUGGUGCUGGAGGUCAAGUACAUGAAGGAGGUCUCACCAUAUUUCAAGAACUCUGCCAGCGGGACCUCGGUUGGCUGGGACUCGCCUCCUGCCUCGCCCCUUCAGCGGCAGCCUUCCUCCCCUGGCCCCCCACCCCGAGACUUCAACGGUGCCAAACACAUGUCCUUGAAGAUGGCAUAUGUCUCGAGAAGGUGUACCCCCAGUGACCCAGAGCCCAGGUAUCUGGAGAUCUGUUCGGCAGAUGGUCAAGACACCCUCUUCCUGAGGGCCAUGGAGGAGGCCAGUGCACGGUCGUGGGUAGCUGCCAUCCAAGCCCAAAUCAACGCUCUAAUGCCCUGGGUCAAGGACGAGCUGCAAGCACUGCUGGCAGCUACCAGCACAGCUGGGAGCCAGGACAUCAAGCAGAUCGGCUGGCUGACUGAGCAGCUGCCCAAUGGGGGCACAGCACCCACCUUGGCCCUGCUGACUGAAAAGGAGCUGCUCCUCUACAGCUGUCUCCCCCAGACCCGUGAGGCCCUGAGCCGGCCAGUCCGGACUGCCCCACUCAUCACCACCAGGCUGGUGCACUCGGGCCCUUCCAAGGGCUCGGUGCCCUACGAUGCGGAGCUCUCCUUCGCCCUGCGCACGGGCACCCGCCAUGGUGUGGACACUCACCUGUUCAGCGUGGAGUCGCCACAGGAGCUGGCUGUCUGGACCCGCCAGCUAGUGGAUGGCUGUCACCGGGCCGCCGAGGGUGUGCAGGAGGUGUCCACAGCCUGCACCUGGAACGGCCGUCCCUGCAACCUCUCUGUGCACAUCGACAAGGGCUUCACCCUGGUGGCGGCGGAGCCGGGCGCGGCCCAGGCCGUGCUGCUCCAGCAGCCCUUUGAGAAGCUGCAGAUGUCCUCGGACGAUGGUGCCAGCCUCCUGUUCCUGGACUUCGGGGGUGCUGAAGGAGAGAUUCAGCUGGACCUGCAUUCGUGCCCCAAAACCAUGGUCUUCAUCAUCCACUCCUUCCUCUCAGCCAAAGUCACCCGCCUGGGGCUCUUGGCCUAG